ACCUGCUUCAUGUUCACGACAGGAAAGAACAUGCCGAGGCCAAAGACGUGUCGAUGAGGUGAAUAUGAUUUGAAUACAAUGAUUUGUAUAAGAGCAGCUAUGUCCACUCGUCAUUACUGCGCAGUCCAUCACUGGUGUGUGUGGUGCAGCGAUGACCAAGACUGCAGGCUGCUGCCAGGGCUGCCUGCAUUAUGUGUUUGAUUAUGAAACGCCAAAAACAUUGGUUAUACCAAGUGUACGGGUAGGAUUUGUCUUCAGGUUCACCCAGUUCCUGGUGGUGCUGUAUGUGGUGGGGUAUGUGUGUGUGGUGCAGAAGGCCUACCAGGAGACCGACUCCGUCCUCAGUACCGUCACCACCAAGGUGAAAGGUUUUGCCUUCACCAACACGUCUGAUGCAGACCCUCGAUUUUGGGACGUGGCUGAUUACGUUAUCCCACCUCAGGGUGGUGAUUCAUUCUUUGUGUUAACAAACAUGGUUGUUACCCCUCAGCAAACUCAGUCCCGCUGUCCUGAGCUUCCAAACCCAUCCACUACUUGUGUGGAUGACUGUGACUGUAUCGAGGGAUACAGUGAUCCUCGAGGAAAUGGCAUCCUGACGGGGCUGUGUGAGAACUAUUCCACAACUGUCAAGACGUGUGAAGUGAUCUCAUGGUGCCCUCUUGAAAUAGACACCAAGCUGCCUGAACAUGCGCUGCUGGCUGCAGCAGAGAACUUCACUGUGUUGAUCAAAAACAGCAUAACAUACCCAAAGUUCAACGUUCACAGAAGGAACAUACUGCCACAUAUUAACUCCUCAUACCUGAAGAGGUGUGGAUUCAAUCGCACAACAGACCCCGACUGCCCCAUAUUCCGCCUCAAACACAUUGUUUCAGAGGCUGGAGAGGAAUUCCAAGACAUGGCUGUGAAGGGUGGUAUCCUCGGUAUUAUUAUAGACUGGAGCUGUGACCUGGACUGGUGGGCCGGGAAGUGUAACCCCCAGUACAGCUUCCGCAGGCUGGACAACAAAAAUCCUGCCAAUAAUGUGGCCCCUGGAUUCAACUUCAGGUUUGCAAAAUACUACAAGACCCCCGAUGGAGAGGAGACUAGAACCUUAAUCAAAGCGUAUGGGAUCCGAUUCGACGUCGUUGUACAUGGAACUGCAGGAAAAUUUGGAAUCGUACCGACCGUAGUGAAUUUGGGUGCAGCUUUAACAUUUCUCAGUUUGGUUCCCGUGGUCGCUGACUGGGUUAUGCUGACAUGCAUGGGAAAAAGAGAUCUUUACAAGAAACACAAAAUCACACAUCUGAAUGAUGUUGCUGACACUGAAACAAUGUCAAUGGGCACCAGCUAUGGAACCCAGUAGCACGGUCACAACAUGACUCUGCAGAGGAAUCCACACCUGCUCCCAAACGGAAAUGGAAACAGAUUGCUUCAGCAUCAUAUGAAUGAUUUUUUUAAAAACUGGUUAAAGAGGCCGUAUGUAAGAAAUUCAGUUGAUAAAAAAAUCAACAAAAAUUAUCAACAUAAUCACACCAUCAUAAAAGCUUGAUAAAAUAUUGUUUUCUAACUUUUGUCCUCCAUUUUUUUUUUUUUUUUUUUUUUUUUUGAUAAAGAGAUAGCUCUAGCAGCAGUGGGCGUCGUUUUUCUAUUUUCAUAAUACACAUGCCUCUAGAGUGCUGUAGCAAUGACAAAAUUUUGUAGACUAACCCAAGUUAGCAUCACCCUGGUUCCCUCCAUAAAAAGCCUGUGGAAUUUUUUUUUAUUGGAUUCUGGAAUAUCACCAAAAAUAAUCUCUGUGGCAAACAAGAUUAUGAUACUUACACGUUUUGUUCAGCAAGAUGAUCUCUACAGACGACUUCCACUUUUGUGAUUUUCAAGGCAUAAAUUAAAUUGCUAGAGGUAAAACGCAAAAGUUAGGAUAUAAACAGAUGAUAUUGCCUUCACAUCACUUAAAUGCCACCACCACUAAGCAUUUUACUAUACAGUUACUACAAAUUUUCUAUAAACUGAUCAAUGUACAAAUUGUGAAGUGAGGAGUUAGAAUAGUUGAACUAAUACUAAAGUCGGACUAUCAAGUAGAUGAGUAGAUGAUGACCUUUAAUGUCCCUGACAACCUCUGUAUUCUCAUUUCUAAACAUUUUUAAGACAUGUAAGUGCUUUAUGAAAAAACUGUGGGACAUUUAAUGAUGUAUUUCAUGUCACAGAACAAAACGUGUAAAUAUGUUCAGCCUGCGUUAACAACAGACCUUAUUUCAGAUGUUUAACUAAAAAUUACCUGCAAAAAAACCUCACAGACUUUUAGACGAGGGAACAAGAUGUGCAAAAAUGCCGAGUGAUUUCCAGGUUUUAGGACUAUAACCUGCACCACUCUAUGAGCACCAGCUGUGGCACUCAGGAGCAUGGUCACAUGACCUACUCUGACUAAUUGAAAUGGGAACAGAUUGCUUCAACAUCACAUGAAUUAUUCAAU